GGGGAUCAAGCGGUGUCAAAGCGAGAACGCAGAAAGAAAAGAGAAGCAAAAGAGAAGCAAAAGAAGAAAUUGGUUGAUUUUCAGAACAGAAAUCAAUCUGAGAUCUCAGCCCAAGAGGAAAUACAGCAGAGAAACACAAGGCAUAAGGGUGCAUUAAAAGACUCAAGGUUCAGCUGGAACACAUAUAAAUGCCCAGAGUGUGGAAAGAGUUUCUCUUUCAGUGGCAGCCUAACUAAGCAUCAAAGAUUUCACAAGGGGGAGAAGCCAUAUAAGUGCCUGAAGUGUGGAAAGUGCUUCUCUCAGAAUGGUGACCUAACUCAACAUCAAAAAGUUCACACAGGGGAGAAGCCACAUAAAUGCUUGGAGUGUGGAAAGUGCUUCUCUCAGAAUAGCCAACUUAUUGUACAUCAGUGGGUUCACACGGGAAAGAACCAAUCUAAAUGCCUGCAUUGUGGAAAGAGCUUCUCUUGCAAUAGCAGCCUAAUUAAACAUCAGAAUCUUCACAGAAGGCAAAAGGCGUAUGAAUCUCUGGAGUGCGGGAAGUUCUUCUCUUGGAAUGUUCAGCUAAAUCUACAUCAAAAGGUUAACCUGGUUGAGAAACCAUAUAAAUGCCUAGAGUGUGGAAAGUGCUUCUCUCAGAAUAGCCAACUAAUUGUACAUCAGUGGGUUCACACGGAAAAUAACCAAUCUAAAUGCCUGCAUUGUGGAAAGAGCUUCUCUUGCAAUAGCAGCCUAAUUAAACAUCAGAGUCUUCACAGAAGGCAAAAGGCAUAUGAAUCUCUGGAGGGCGGGAAGUUCUUCUCUUGGAAUGUUCAACUAAGUGUACAUCAAAGGGUUCACACAGGGGAGAAGCCAUAUAAAUGCCUGGAGUGUGGAAAGUGCUUCUUUCAUAAUGGCCAACUAACUGUACAUCAAAGGGUUCACACAGGAGAGAAGCCUUAUAAAUGCCUGCAGUGUGGAAAGGCCUUCUCUCACAAAAGCAGCCUAAAUGAACAUCAAAAGGUUCACACAGGGGAGAAGCCAUAUAAAUGCCUGGAAUGUGGAAAGUGCUUCUCUCAAAAUAGCCACCUAGCUGGACAUCACAGGAUUCACAGAGGGGAGAAGCCAUACAAAUGCCUGGAGUGUGGAAAGUGCUUCCCUCAUAAUGGCCAACUAACUAAACAUCAGAGGGUUCACACAGGGGAGAAGCCACAUAAAUGUUUGGAGUGUGGAAAGAGCUUCUCGCGGAGUGACAACCUAAAGGCACAUCAACAGGUUCACACAGGGGAGAAGCCAUAUAAAUGUCUGGAAUGUGGAAAGAGCUUCUUGCGGAAUUAUCAACUAAACGUACAUCAACAGGUUCACACGGGGGAGAAGCCAUAUAAAUGCCUGGAGUGUGGAAAGAGCUUCCCUCGCAAAAGCAGCCUCAGUAAACAUCAAAGGGUUCACUCUGGGGAGAAGCCAUUUAAAUGUCUGGAGUAUGAAAAGACCUUCUCUUGUAAUGAUGUUCUAAAUCAUCAUCAAAGGAUUCACUCUGGGGAGAAGCCAUAUAAAUGCUUGGAGUGUGGAAAGAGCUUCUCACAGAGUUACGAACUAAACGUACAUCAACGGGUUCACACGGGGGAAAAGCCAUAUAAAUGCUUGGAGUGUGGAAAGAGCUUCUCGCGGAGUGACCACCUAAACGUACAUCAAUGGGUUCGCACAGGGGAGAAGCCAUAUAAAUGUCUGGAAUGUGGAAAGAGCUUCUUGUGGAAUAAUCAACUAAAUGUACAUCAGAGGGUUCACACAGGGGAGAAGCCAUAUAAAUGCUUGGAAUGUGGAAAGACCUUCACUCAGAAUGAUCAACUAACUGUACAUCAGAGGGUUCACACAGGGGAGAAGCCUUAUAAGUGCCUGGAGUGUGGAAAGAGCUUCUGUUAUAAUUAUUACUUAAGAACACAUCAAUUGGUUCACAAAGGUGAGGAACCUUAUAAAUGCAUGGAAUGUGGAAAGAGCAUGUCUUCCAAUCACAGUUUUAGAAGGCAUCAAUGGGUUCACACAGGGGAGAAGCCAUAUAAAUGCCUGGAGUGUGGAAAGUGCUUCUCUCGGAAAGGUCAACUAACUGAUCAUCAGAGGGUUCAUACAGGGGAGAAGCCAUAUAAAUGCCUGGAGUGUGGAAAGACCUUUUCUUGUAAUGGUAGACUAAAGCAUCAUCAAAGGAUUCACCCAGGGGAGAAGCCACAUAAAUGCUUGGAGUGUGGAAAGAGCUUCUCACAGAGUUACGAACUAAACGUACAUCAACGGGUUCACACGGGGGAAAACCCGUAUAAAUGUGUGGAGUGUGGAAAGUGCUUCUUUCAAAAUAGCAGACUAACUGCACAUCAAAAGAUUCACACUAGGGAGAAACCAUAUAAAUGCCUGGAAUGUGGAAAGAACUUCUCAUGGAAUGGCCAGCUAAAAAUACAUCAGCGGGUUCACACAGGGGAGAAACCAUUUUUAUGCCUGGAGUGUGGAAAGAGUUUCUCGCAGAAUGACAAACUAAAAGUGCAUCAACGGAUUCACACGGGGGAGAAGCCGUAUAAAUGUGUGGAGUGUGGAAAGUGCUUCUCACAGAAUAGCCGACUAAAUAUACAUCAACGAGUUCACACGGGGGAAAAGCCAUAUAAAUGUCUAGAGUGUGGAAAGUGCUUCUCGCGGAAUGACCAACUAAAUGUACAUCAACGGGUUCACACGGGGGAGAAGCCAUAUAAAUGUCUGGAGUGUGGAAAGUGCUUCUCGCAGAAAAGCCAACUUACUGUACAUAAGAGUGUUCACACAGGGAAGAAACCAUAGAAAUGAUAGAAGGACUGAAGCUGUAGCCACUCAGCUUCAUAGCAGAGUAAAAAUACAUGCAGCAGAGUUGGAUAAGAAUGCUAUCCUUCGGGGACGGGGCGGGAUAGAAAUUUGAAACAUAAAUAAAUAUAUAGAGUUUAAAAUAAGGUAGGCUACAUAAAACAUAUUACAAAAAUAGAAAGAAGUCAUAAUAUAAAUAAGUGCACAAGCACUGCAAGUAAAAACAAACCUACAUGCACAUAAAGCAUUCUAGAAAGACAGCAGACAACAAUACUACAUAGAAUAAGAGGAGAAGGGCAGGGGGAUAAGAGUGAGUUAGUUUGGGAUCCUGAGCAUGCUACUAAUAAGCAGCUGCUAAAGGUUAAGCUCGUUAGCCAGCUGCACAGCAUUAACUCAGAGGCAACCUUGCUUUGCUCCUGCGACCACUAAAGCAUAGGUUGCCAAAUACUCUAACAAGAAAUGCCUGGAGUGUGAAAAGAACUUCUCUUGUAAUGGUGAUCUAACUCAACAUCAAAAGAUUCAAGCAGGGGAAAAACCUUAUAAAUGCAUGGAGUGUGAAAAGUUCCAAAAACAUUAGGUCAGUGGUAGAUAGCAAGAGAAAGCCACAUGGCUUCUGGUCCUACGUUAUAACGGAUGUAACAUGGUUCCCAUGGGACUGGAGUACCAGGGGAAGCCUAGUUGUCUACAAGGCCUGUGAAGCCAUAAAGAUCAAGGAAAGAUUGCAAAGAGCAGUGGAUUCAUAUAGCAGGUUGGUUACAUAUAUCUUUCUAGCAGCAGCAAUCUGUUAUUUUAAGCAGGUGCAGAGUUCCAGAAAUGUAUCUCAAUCACCUGGAUAGCAUCCCUGACAUGAAAUUUGGGGUAACCGGGAGAGGUCAUCAGCUGGAUGCACCAGAAGCAGUGUCCUGAGGCCACCAUACUCCAAAAGGAACCCCCUCCAGCACAUGAGAUGGGGAGAGCCACCACUGAAGUGUUGCCAACUUCACCUGGAAAGGGCUUGCUUUCUCUCUCUCUGGGUAACCGCUGCCACCACCUGACCAUUUGAGGAACUUCCCUAGGUGGAACAGAGAACUGUUCCCCACAUUUAGGGUAUAAAAGUAUUUAUUAAAAAUAGAAUGGUUACAAGUAUGUUUUAGCACUGCACUAGAUCAACGAAGAGUUUCCAAAACGAGAUGUAAACACAAUUCCUCUAUCCCUUAAUUCUAUACAUACUCUAACAGUUGUUACAAUCGGGUAGGUUCUGAAGCUUAGAAGGUUACAGUCUUCACAGAGCUCUUGUUACCUGAAGGACUGGGUCAGUUCCCCGGGCAAGCAUAUGGUCCAAAAUGGCUGCUCUCUCUAGAGCCCAGGCAUUUGCGUCUGCUUCCUUCAGUGGCCCAGUUAGAAGAGGGCUCCUCUCCCUGCUCCCAGCAGUUUGGUCCGUUCCCAGGCCCCACCCCUCCCUCAGGGUCAGUUUGGGUUAUCUUCUCCCCCUAGGUCAGGUAGCUCUUCCUGAUGUCCCUCGGUCAUUUUUAAGUCCUGCAAAUCUAUGAUGCCUGCUCAGAGAGGGGGAGAAAAAAGAGGGGGAGAAGGAAGGAGCUGUUUCCUCACAAGGGGUUUCACUAUUUUCCCCACUACUUGCUCUUUCAUUACUCAGAGGUGGCAAUCUGUUCGGGCUGUUCUGAGGGUAUUCAGGCUAACGGCUUCAGCUACGGCUGUAGUGGAAAAUGCCCACUUGCCUAUGUUUAUUUUCAUUAUAUUUCGUUAGGUUCAUGUUUGUUAGAUAGAUUUUCUCCUUUAAGUUCUCCUCGGGGCCUCUCAGGAACUCGCAGGUUGGCAGCCUUCCUUCCCCAAGGUCCUCUGGAAGAUGGCCUCAUUAUGUUUCUGAUACACCUGGACUCUUAACACAAAAGCAUAAUGAACUUUAACAAAAGGGUGCUGGAUUCGCUAUUGUAUCAUUGACUCUCACACCCCGGAGAUCAGGCAGCCGGCUCUGCCCUGCUUUGUAGUUCACCAACCCCUCCUUGUCGGACAGCUGUGGCGGGAGCCCCAGACAAUGGGGGCAGCCCUCUACAAGCCAGUCACUAAAGACUAUCAUUAGCACCCAAGAAAAAGGAUUUUUCCCACCUCAAGUUUCCCGCUGCUACCAAUUCUUACAGUGAUGUAGUAUUGUGAGAUUUUGCCCAUUUUCAUUCAUUCUCUUCUGAGUACUCUGUAUUGUUUUUAAUUGUUUUACCUUGUUUCUUGAAUGCUCUUUAUUGUGUACCUGAUUGCCCUUUUAUUGUAACCUUUGAAAACCCUAUAAAAGGCUUGCUUGUCCUCCCGCGCGGGGCGGUUGCAUCAGCGGAAGUUUUUUGGUACGAAUUUUUCGGUGUUAAGUAAAAUUGUUCAUUGAUAAAGAA